AGGUUGGCCAUAGCUUCCACAUAGCGUUCGAUUCCCCUCUACCUAUUUAGCUCGUGCUGUCGAUCGAUCAUCCACAUGUCGACUUCAAGGGACAGCCUGGUGCUAGGGCGGGUGGUCGGUGAUGUGGUGGACCAGUUCUCGCCGACGGUGGCGCUCCGGGUCUCCUACAACGGCCGCCGUAUCAUGAACGGCGGCGACCUCCGGCCGUCGGCGGUGUCCGCGAGGCCUCUCGUCGAGGUCGGGGGGAGCGAUCUCAGGCAAUCCUACACGCUUGUUAUGGUGGAUCCAGAUGCCCCCAACCCAAGCAAUCCGACGCUAAGGGAGUACUUGCACUGGUUGGUGACAGAUAUUCCUGGGACAACUGAUACAAACUAUGAUGAACUCAGUAGAUUAUCAUAUGAUGGAUGUGUGUGGAUGUGGCUGGCAUUGCAUGCGUAUGUACAUGCAGGUCGCGAGGUGAUCUGCUACGAGAGCCCUCGGCCACCGGCGGGGAUCCACCGGGUGGUGUUCGUGCUGUUCCAGCAGAUGGCCCGCGGCACCGUGGACCUGCCGCCGCUCCUCCGCCACAACUUCUGCACCCGCAACUUCGCCGAACACCACGGCCUCGGCGCCCCUGUCGCCGCCGCAUUCUUCACCUGCCAGCCCGAGGGCGGCACCGGCGGCCGGCGCCACGUCAUCCGGCCGCCGCGGACACCGGCGCCCUAGCUGCUAGCAGCUACGUACGUAGGCGAUGAUAUACAUACACAAAUGUUGCAUGUGUAUAUAUGCACGCCACGAUUGGUGUACGUACGCGGAUGACGAGUCUACGUACGUACGUGUGUUUGUGAUCGAUCGUGGUGUCUUGAUCUGUAUUGCAUGGAGCUACGUGCAUGCUUGGACAUACACGCGUACGUGCGUAAACAUAUAAUCAUGGAGGGAGAAAGAAAUGUUAUUGCAGCUGGGAAUCAGCUCGAUCUGCUGGCGCCCACGCUGGAGCG